AUGCUAAUUGUCCUGCUACUGGCUCUACUUCACACAGCUCACUCAUGUGAUUUCGAUGCGAAUUUGUCAGUUGUGUCCUGCACAGAUUUGGAUGCAUUCCAACUCGUCAAUGAUUCCGAAAUAGCUGGUUAUACCCUACUUCUGCAACAGUGCUCUCCUCCAGCAGAAGCAGCCACCUCCACCGCCAUCGAGACUGUCGAACUCCUCUGCGACAAACCCUUGCCCCCUUUCGCUCUCGAGCACUUUUCAAACCUCCAUAACCUCCAGCUUACCCAAUGUAACCUAACCAACCUUCAAUGGCAGCAAUUCUAUGUCGAAGGACAAACCCCACAUGCUGAUUUCACCACUUGUCCCCUUGACUGUAAUUGCCGUAAUGAAUGGAUCAUUUCCACAAGAAAUAAUGUGGCUUUCUCAGUGGUACCCAUUCUACCGCCAUCGUACAGAUGCUCGUUUCUACACUGCGAUUGGGGAAAUCUUCUAGCCCCAGCUUUUAUUGAAUGCGUACCUGGUGACAAUGUUACUUUGAUUGUCAAUAUUUCUGCUGCAACUGUUGAAGAUUUUCCGGAAAGGCAAUACUUCUCAUGGUUGCACACACCGGAACUCAGUCAUAAUUUCACCGAAGUAAUUUCCAACACGAGCAUGAAGUUGGUAAUUGAACCUGUUGCGGAAGAACACCUCGGGACCAUCAGGGUCAUAUGUUGGCAUUGUGAACAUCCUUUGAUGGUUUCAGUCGAGCUUCGAGUACGGGUUCCUAUUCGUGCUCGGCUUGAGGAACGAGAUGAUUCGAUUCGAAUGAUCAUCUCUGGAUGGCCUAUCUCACCUCUCAACCUCACAAUCGAAGGGGAUGAUGGAAAUCAAACCCAUUUGUUAUCUGAAGAUGAUUCUGUUGAAUUUUUCGAUAGCUUAGUAGUUCGGCCAGAUAAAUGGCAUUCACUCUUCCAUCGUAAAGUGUUUUCUAUCUUUACGCUUGCGUGCUUCACCUGUCCAGUUGAUCAUCCUGCAGGAAACUACUCGUUUGAAGUUUGUUCUACGACAAAUUGUUUCCGGACACAUAAUCAUAUCAACCAUCCAGGAAAUCACUCACAUUUCUAUCCUCCAAUCACCAAUUCGGCUUCGUUGUUUCUCCCAAUACUGGUAUUUCUCAUAUUCAUCUUCUUGUUAUCGAUGCUGAUAUUCAGGAUAAGAAUCAUGCACGAUUGUUGUAAAAAGAUUUCCUUCUUACGUGAUAAAGCAUCACUCCAUCAUGUCAUAUCCCGGCGGACUAGUCGAGUUACGGAAGAAACUUUGUUAAGACUGGAGGAACGCUCUUCCCUUUCAUCAUCGGACUAUUCUGGCCAAAUAAUACCAUUUAUAGAACUGGGCACCAUUCAAGUACACGAGAAGAUAGGAAAGGGUGCUUUCGGCGAAGUUUACUGUGGCUCUUGGGAGAAAACCGGUGAACGCACAGUUGCUAUAAAAGCUAUCGAAGCUGAUGAAGAUGUGGAAAAAGAGGCGGCUGUUUUGUCUCGUCUUGAACAUCCGAAUAUUGUUCGUCUCUAUGGUAUGACUAGAGAUGGUCCACGCUUGCUGUUGGUGUUUGAAAGAAUGAAUAUGGGUGAUUUACGAUCAUAUCUGCGAGCGCGAGCUCCGACUUCAGCAAGUUAUUCGCAAUUUCCGCCAGCGUUGACGGAAAAUGAGCUCAAAGUGAUAGUACGACAGAUAGUAACGGGUUUGUGCUACCUCAGCACGCAACAAAUUGUUCACAGGGAUCUAGCCGCAAGAAAUUGUUUGGUUAGUGGCGAAAGCGACCUCCGAUGCUUUCUAGCAACGCAGAGACCACCGAUUACCAUCAAGAUCUCCGACUUUGGUAUGUCGAGACGAUUGUACGGGCAAACCGACUAUUACCGUAUGCAGAAUCAUUGCUUACUGCCUGUGCGAUGGUUACCACCAGAAGCCAUCAGCGAUCACAGAUUCAGCACAAGUAGUGAUGUUUGGGCUCUGGGCGUAACCAUGUGGGAAGUAUUCAGCUAUGGAGAAUUACCGUUUGCAGAACUAAACAACUUUGAGAUGGUUUCUUACGCUAUGGCAGGAAUGCGACCCCCAAUGCCAAAAUCAUGCCCAAAACCUAUCUACGAACUAAUGCAACGAUGUUGGGCUACAGAUCCGGACCAGCGCAUAACUCCAGAAGAGCUGCUACUAGACCCGUGCCUCACUCCUACACUUACAGAUUUUCUCUGUGCUGUACCUGUUUAGCACUUUUUUUUCACGAACGCUAAGGUUGCGACAUAUUGCUUUUAUGCUAUCAAACAAUAGAACGUGUGGAAAUUACG